GUCAGCGGCGAUCGCUCGCUUAUGCUUUGUGUACACGGAGUGGGUGGUGUUGGGUGGGUGGUUUUCACUCUUAUCGCAUCGAGUUCAAACAGAGGUCAAACGAACAACCGAAUUCAAUAAGCUGCUGCUGUUUUAUUGGCAGUUUCAACCAAUUUUUCAAUUAAAAUGGAAUUGAUUGGCAGUGUUAAAAACUACGACUGGGGUAAGCUGGGUCAGGAAUCGUUUGUGGCUAAGCUUGCCGCCGCCAACGAUGGCCAAUUUGAGCUGGACGUGAAUAAACCGUACGCUGAGUUGUGGAUGGGGGACCACUGCAGUGGUCCUUCGUUGAUAAGCGCUACUGGCGAAGAACUGGGGAGCUUUAUUCAACGCGAUCCUGUGGGAAAUUUGGGACCAGAUGCGUGUAAGUUGUCCUAUUUGUUCAAAGUGCUAAGCAUUCGAAAGGCUUUGAGUAUUCAGGUGCAUCCUGAUAAGAGCGAAGCGGUUAAGCUGCAUGCCCAAUAUCCGGAUAUUUAUAAGGACCCCAAUCACAAACCGGAACUGGCCAUUGCUUUGACGGAUUUUCAAGCAAUGUGCGGAUUUCGUCCCUAUGGAGAAAUUUACUCACUUCUGAAAGAAUGGCCAGAAUUGGAAGCUUUGCUGGGAAAGGAUAAAAUUCAAAAACUUGAAACAGGUGGCGAAGAGGCUCUUCGAGAACUGUACACUUCACUAAUGCACAGUAAACCUAAAGAAUUGGAAACCUGUAUAUCUCAGAUGCUAGCGAAAAUCAACGCAAAGUCUGACCCAACCUCGCUUGAUCAGCUAUUCCAACAACUGCAUAAAGAUUUCCCGAACGAUGUAGGUCUCCUUUCCAUCUAUUUCCUGAAUGUUCUGAGUCUCAAGCCGGGCCAAGCCAUCUAUCUGUCGGCGAAUGUUCCCCACGCAUAUCUGACGGGAGAUUGCAUCGAGUGUAUGGCCUGUUCCGAUAAUGUCGUUCGGGCCGGGUUGACUCCGAAAUUUAAAGAUGUCGACACACUGCUGCGAUUGAUCAGCUAUGAGGGGGCGGCAGCAGAAUCGAAAUUUUUUCAACCGGUUCAGUUAGACCCAGCUCGGCAGGCGCACACGAGAACAUUUAUUCCAUCGGUGAAGGAUUUUGCCGUGGCUGAGACUAGAGUGCCGCAAGGAGUUGGUGAGUAUACAAUCAGUAACGGCGCGAAUGGAUGCAUUUUGCUGGUCUGUUCCGGGCGGGCUAAGCUGACACCCGUCGGAAUGGAUCCGAUCGGUUUGGAGUUCGGUAAGAUUGUGUUCGUUCCGGCUCGGACGGGUAGCGAGCUGCGGUUGGUGAUUGAGGAGAGUGGAAGUGAGUUUAUCGUUUAUCAAGCGAUGACAAACGAUUUUAUUGAGCAAUAAAUUGUACAGAACAUUUU